CAGUUCGCCUUCUGCCCGUCUGCCGGCCACAAGUGCCAGCUCUCGUUCCGUUCGCUUAUCACACGGCUGCCGCCCGACGACGACGUCGCUACUCGCUCGCUUGUUCGCUCCGUGACCACCGACGCCGCCGCCGCCGCUGCCCCGCCCCGCGCCCACUGUGAGAGCGCGCGCGUGUGUAAUUGAUUCCAUAAUCUGUCCCAGUCUAAUUUCGCGCGCCACUCCGUGUGCGUCGUCGUGUCCGYCCGUCUUGGUGUUUUGCGGUGCGUUGUUUUCGUGUUUCCGAGCAACCGAUCGCUAAAAAUCGCAUACGACUAAUUGAUAUUGAUAUUACUGUUUUUUUUUUUUUGUGUAGACCGUGUGUUUGUUUGUUCGUGUGUUGCAGUGUUUGAAUAAUAUUUUUUUUACAAAAAAAAUUAUUUUUUUUGUUCGAAUACCGGCGGUUGUGCGUAAUUUUAUUUUUUAAUUCAAUCAUAUUAUAUUGUUCAUACCCGGUUCGCGCCGAGAUCGUUGACGAUAUUAAUGGUGCACGUUUGUUCCGGACACAUUUUCGGAUUACCGUUCUUCCGCUCCGGAUUCACCGAAUGAUAUGCUAUUGGUGAAUCACGUCAAAUGCUUGUGGACAUGAGACCCGUUGAGUCCAGCGAGAACAUUACGAUUAUGGACGAGAUCGACGAGCUGUUAGGCACCCGGAGGAGUUACGGCUGGAACUCGGGUUCGCGGCCAUCGAUGAUCAGUGCCAAGUAUCGGCUGAAAGAAGAGCGGCGUAAGGUGCUUAAGAUAUCUGUGAACAAGAUGAAGAAGAUCGACGACGCCGAGAGUUCGCUGUGUCGGUCGGUGUUGAUCAACAACACGGUGAAGAGGCUGCAGGCCGAGACCAGGGACGACCGGACCACGGGACGGACGUCGCCCGCCUCUCCACCUUCGCCGACGUCCGCCGGUUACGGUUACCAUGGUCCUCAGCAGUCGCAACCCUGCGGCGGCCCGGGUGGUAACCCGCAGCUCGUGGACAUCACCAACCUCAGGGAAUCGUCCUGCACCAACGGUACCGGCAGCGUCGGAGUUGGCGGUAACGCGGUUACAGCCGGCAAGACCCUGGCCAACAACAACAAUAACAACAAUAACAAUUUAAGUAGCAACAAUAACAAUAAACCGCUGACGGAUUCGCAGUCCCAGUUGUUGGCGACCGACCACCACCACCACCACCACCACCACCUACUACACCACCACCACUUACAACACCACCACCACAAUAACAACCACCACCAUCAUCAUCACCAUCAUCAACUACAACAGCAACAACAACAACAACACCAUCACCUCCAUCACCACCAACAGCAGCAGUCGUCGGUGACUGCGCCGGGUGGACCGUUACCGUAUGGGUAUGAUGACGAAGUGGACGACGAAGAUGUUGAUGACGAAGAAGUGGAUGAUGACGACGUGGAUGACGACACGAUCGCGUCUAUAAUGAUGCAACUGCCUUCGUCGUCACCUCGUAACAAGCGGAAGCGGUGCGUGGAUGAACCGUUGGACGACUUGCUGUCGCAGUUCAUCAACAACCAGCGCGAGGAGGAGGACGUGAACGUGGUGGACCUGGACCUGCAUGAGUACCCUGCAGCCAAGAGACUGAGAACGGAUGAGGCAGCCGCCGCGGCCGCCGCUGCCGCAGUUGCUGCCGUCGUGUCGGGGACCACCCCGUCACCAGCAGACGCCACCCCGUUGGCCACUGACCUCUGUUCGCCCGACUGUUGGUCGCUGAUGGACGCGUGUUGUGACGACUCGCUCGACCUGUACGGCAGCCAGGUGCCGUCUGCCGUCGAACAUCAGGACGUACUGCUGCAGCCCACCACCACCUCCACCACCACCUCCACAUCAGUAGACUGCUGUUCGUCGCUGUCGCUGUCGCUACCGCCACCACCCCCRACGCUCGACGAACAUCAUCAGCAUUACGGCGUGGCUGCAUCGUCGUCGGCCACCGGUUCCACGUCGCCAACGAACCUGUCUUGCGGACAGGCGUCCAUGUUCAGCGAGAUGCAGUCGGCAAUGUUCCGAAAUCUGAUCGCCUCGCUCGAGUCUUAACCGCCAUCGCCGUCGUAUUCCGACGACCGGAAAGGUGGUUGGCAUACCUAACAAAAAAUUAAAUUUUUGUUUUCCCUUAUACGACUGUCUCCUAAAGUAUAUAUUUUAUUUCAUUUAAUCGAGUACAUACCUGUCUUUACGACGCGUCUGUGUGGUGUACGUCUUAUCCUUUUACUACGUUUUUGUGCACACGAUCACGUGCGAUAUGUGUUAUUAUUUUAUAUGCAGUCCAGGAGAUUAAUUACAAAAAAAUGACCAUUUUAUUUUAUUUUUAUAUUUUUAUGUGCAAUAAACGACCAAUUCGCGCAAAUGUUUUUUUCGUUUUUCUCUCUGUAUCUAUUUUUUUUUUCAUUAUUAUUAUUAUUAUCAUUACUUUAUAUAACUACUAUAAAUAUAUAUGAAAUGUAUCUUUUUUGUUUUGUUUUUAAUACGUUUUUCAAUGUUCAUACGAAUAAGUAUGCAUUUGAUUAUGUUCUUCAUUUUACACAUAAUCAUAUGUAUCAUGAAUGACGUGUACAUAGAUAAUCAUGAUAAUUUAAUAUUAUGAAUAUUGUAUUUUUUGUUUUUUCGUAACUGUAGAUAAUCAAACAAGGGCUGUGUUAAAUUCAUCCAAUCGGUCUCUUUUUUUUUUAAUCGAAUGAAAAGAGUAUAAAAUUAUAUUAUAAUAUGUAUGUAUAAAAUUAAAAUAUAAUAUUA